CAAUUAAAAGGAUCGCGGACAACGUGAACGAGUGAAAAAUUUUCUAACCUUGUCUAAAACCUGUCGAGUCCGUCCAACCCCCCAAUGGACGACGGUACAGAGUUGAGAGAGGCUUGUGGAGUGUUUGGUUGUGUUGCUGCAGGAGAAUGGCCGGCAGAAGUCGACGUCGCCAAUGUUAUUUCCCUAGGUUUAGUGGGUGUCCAACACCGUGGCCAAGAGAGUGCAGGCAUAGUUACCAGUGAUGGCGAUGUGACAAAUGCCAAGUUCCACUCUCAUAAAGGCAUGGGACUUGUCAGCCAAGUUUUCAAAGAUGACCCAUUGCAUAAACUAAAGGGAAACUUAGGAAUAGGUCACACACGGUACUCUACUGCUGGAUCCUCUGAGCUGACCAACUGUCAACCUUUCGUUGUUGAGACAUCUCAUGGCUUGAUAGCAGUCGCACACAAUGGAGAGCUUGUCAACGCAGGAAAGCUCAGGAAAAAGGUGCUUGCCCAUGGUGUUGGAUUGUCUACACAGUCCGACAGUGAACUUAUCACCCAGCUCAUGGCCUUGACCCCUAAAGAUGGUGAACCUAAUGGAGUGGACUGGCCGGCAAGAUUUCGUCACAUCAUGAGUGAGACCCCUGCUGCCUAUUCUCUUGUUGUCAUGCAUGGUGAUACCCUCUACGCCAUGAGAGAUCCAUUUGGUAACCGACCAUUGUGUACCGGAAAACUGAUAGGGCAACCCCUGACAUUGGAGAAAUAUGAAUCGGAUAGUGAGAAUGAAUAUGGUUGUGAUUGUGAAGGUUGGGUGGUGUCGUCCGAGUCCUGUUCAUUCCAAGCGAUUGGAGCCAAGUACUACAGAGAGAUUCUUCCAGGUGAAAUAGUGGCUAUUACCAACAGUGGUGUGCGGUCCUUGUGUGUUGUGCCCCGGCCCAAAGGAAAAGACGUGUCUGCCUUCUGCAUCUUUGAGUAUGUCUAUUUUGCCCGUGCAGACUCCAUCAUGGAGGGACAGAUGGUCUACACGGUUAGGAAGCGCUGUGGCCGCCACCUGGCUUUGGAGAGCGACAUUAAAGCCGAUCUUGUCAGCAACGUGCCAGAAUCCGCUACACCAGCUGCCAUGGGAUUCGCAGAACAGAGCGGCAUUCCUUAUGUUGAAGUGCUGACCAAGAAUAGGUACGUUGGAAGAACCUUCAUCCAACCCACAAAGAGACUGCGACAGCUUGGCGUUGCCAAGAAGUUCGGCGCACUUGCUGAUAAUUUCCUCGGAAAGAAAAUCAUCCUGGUUGACGAUUCUAUUGUGCGUGGAAACACCAUGGGUCCGAUCAUUCGACUGUUGAAGAACGCUGGUGCCAAGGAGGUCCACAUUCGUGUUGCCUCUCCACCAAUUCACAAUCCAUGCUACAUGGGCAUCAACAUCCCAACCAGAGACGAACUGAUUGCAAAUCAUAAAACACCAGAGCAGCUAGCGGAUGCUUUAGGAGCAGACAGCCUCGUGUACCUCUCCGUAGAUGGUCUCGUGAGCGCUGUCUCAGAAGGUAUCCAGGAUUUAGAAGAGAAGAAGAUGGGUCACUGCACGGCGUGUCUGACCGGAAACUACCCCGUGGAACUCGAGUGGUAGUGCGGCAACUACCAAUUGGAGCUCGAGUGGUAGUGCGCCAACUACCAAUUUGGGCUCGAGUAGUAGUGCGCCAACUACCAAUUGAAGCUCGAGUGGUAGUGUAGCCACUACCAAUUGGAGCUCGAGUGGUAGUGCGGCAACUACCAAUUGGAGCUCAAGUGAUAGUGCGGCAACUACCGAUUGAAGCUCGAGAGGAUAUGCGGAAACUAUCGAUUGAAGCUCGAGUGGUAGUGCAGCCACUACCAAUUUGAGCUUGUGGUAGUGUGGCAACUGCCAAUCGAAGCUCGAGUGGUAGUGCAGCCACUACCAAUUGGAGCUUGAGUGGUAGUGCAGCCACUACCAAUUGGAGCUUGAGUGGUAGUGCAGCCACUACCAAUUGGAGCUCGAGUGGUAGUGCAGCCACUACCAAUUGGAGCUCGAGUGGUAAUGCGGCAACUUCCCAGUUGCUGACACUAUCUAUUUUUAGCUGUGGGUUGCUGGUUGGCUGACAAUUUCUAUCUUUAGCUUUUAUAACUCUGCCAAUUUUUCUGGGUGUUUUGUUUACGUUGAUUUCGCGAAUAACUGCGAGUACCCCCAAAAAUUUGUAUAUUAUAGUAUUGCCACAUUUCAUGUUGCUGAAGUGGCUUCUUUUUUACUCUUUAAGUCAUGGGUAUCUUUGCUGCAUGAAUUUUUCCAUCUCAGGGUUUAUGCUGGCAAUAUUUGCGCAUCAGUUUCUAUAAUCACACCAAACACUGCUCAAACCUUUCUUUUGAUAUUAGGCUGCAUUACUGAGGUAUUAUUUAUCAUGAGGUAAUACUUUUGAAUAACCUUUGGCCUCAUUUGGCCAGAUGUAAGAUUACACUUGGAGGAAACCAUUCUGUUUUUUUGGUUUCGAAUAGGAAAAGAUGUCAAAUUGUGAACAAUCAUAGUCUCUUUUAGGUCAUGCUUAUUUUGAACAAUUUCCCUGUAAACGUAUCGUGAGAAUGAUCUGAACUCACUUCAUCGGAAGUAACCUGUGAUCUUGGGGGCCGCAGGAAUCGUGACGGUCAUUCUUAUGUCAAGAUCUGGUAUACGUUGUAACGGAAUGAUUUCCUCUCAAGUCAAAUCUGGUGUGACUCAAUUUUUGACAAAUGUAAAAUAAUGACAGAUUUUACUGCCGCAAUUGUAGAAAUUUUUGACCAACAUUGAAGUCAGUAGUGUGAUAAAAGAUGUUAAUCAGAUGCAUGCAUUACAUUUUCGAUGUUUUGCACAGUUUAAUGUUGAAGUAUUUUUCUUCUUUUCAAUUUAAGACCAAGACAUACAUGUAUGCACAGUUUUGAUGUAUUAGCACCAGUAUGUGUGCAUUUUGAUAUGUUAUACAUGUACAACAUAUCAAAAUGCACACAUACUAGUAAAAGUUUGGUUGAUUUUUACCCAUGUUUCUUACCGAUGCAUUUUCAAACUUGAAAAAACUGCAAUACCAUACUUGUUAAACUUAUGUACAAUUUUCAUAAUCAUGUUAAAAUAUUAAAUCUGCCAUCUCGUCAUUCAUUGUCAUCAAAUAUAUUCCUCGAAAAAAUAUUUUAGGUGUAAAGAUUAAAUCUGUCAUCACAUCAUUCAUCAUGUUCAAUAUAUUUCUGGAAAAUUUUUUUGAUGAAUCUCGCAAUAUCGCUAUAAAAGUAUCAAUGCAAAGUGUUUUUGGUUGUUUUCCUAAUAAAGAGCCAAAAAUAAACAUGAAA